AUGGAUCAAACUCGUCUCAUUGUUGCUGUUCCCCCUCAGUGUCAGGGCUACAUCUCACUGUUGGCAGUGAAUGGAAUCGCCCAUGAUAUAGAAGUGCUUGGCAAAGGCAUCCGGCUGGUCUCUCUGCUGGUCAACAGUUAUGGGCUGUACAAGACAAACCGCCUCUAUGUCACCCCAGGUGGCUCCUUCUGAGCUCAUGUGCUCGUACUGGAUUCCUCCAGUGGCAAUAAACCAUAUGCAGAUUUUAAAUUUGGCAGCAGGUAUAUAGUAAUGGGUCACAUCUACUACAAGAGAAGGAAGCUCUCCACAGCUUUGCUGCGGGUGCGGGUGUUAUGAGGAUGCCUGAGGCCUGGAGAUGGAUUGCUCCGGAGCAGCAGCACUUAUGUGAAAAGAUUUAACCGCAAAAGGGAUUAGAAAAUCCAAAGGGCAGCUCAUAUCAAGUGUAUCUGA